GCUACAUGGAGCUCAUGGUUGGUGUGGAGACCAUCUUGGCUUCGCCCGGGGAAGUGGAUGUCUCAGUGAGCGAGAUCUUCACGGAUGCCAUGUUCCAAGAGCUGCAGGCGCUGAUGAGGCAGCAGGGCAUCCCAGGAGUGGAGGAGGUGGAGGAGCGUAUGUGGCGGUCGGGUGAUCUGCGGCUUCGGGACAGAAAGAUUGUCUCCGGCUUCAUCAAGGAUCGCUCCCUGGGCUCCAAGCGCCUCAUUUCCAUGCCUGACCGAAUCACGAACACGAUCCAUGUGGUGACAAGAGCUCCAAGCGAGUACAAGCCACCACCAAAGUGUCGUCCGACUGCUACUCGGCGAAUGACUGCGAGGGUAUGCUUGAGAGCUUUUAUCCCGGAUCUGAAGUUUAUGGUGGAGUGCAGGCGUCUGAUUCUCAAGAACUAUCGUUCAAGGCAACUGUGA